AUGAUUAUCAGAACAGCUUUCCCUUGGUUUGGCAUGGACAUUGGAGGAACUCUAGUAAAGCUCUCUUACUUUGAACCUAUCGAUAUCACAGCAGAGGAAGAACAAGAGGAAGUUGAGAGCCUAAAAAGUAUUCGGAAAUAUUUGACUUCUAAUGUGGCAUAUGGAUCCACUGGCAUUCGGGAUGUACACCUUGAACUAAAGGAUUUAACACUCUUUGGCCGAAGAGGGAACUUGCACUUUAUCAGAUUUCCAACCCAGGACCUGCCUACUUUUAUCCAAAUGGGAAGAGAUAAAAACUUCUCAACAUUACACACGGUGCUAUGUGCUACAGGAGGUGGUGCUUACAAGUUUGAAAAAGAUUUUCGUACAAUUGGAAACCUCCACCUGCACAAACUGGAUGAACUUGACUGCCUUGUAAAGGGCUUGCUGUAUAUAGAUUCUGUCAGUUUCAAUGGCCAAGCAGAGUGCUAUUAUUUUGCUAAUGCCUCAGAACCUGAGCGAUGCCAAAAGAUGCCUUUUAACCUAGAUGAUCCUUAUCCUCUGCUGGUAGUGAACAUUGGCUCAGGCGUCAGUAUUUUAGCAGUCCAUUCCAAAGACAACUAUAAGCGCGUGACUGGAACAAGCCUUGGAGGGGGGACCUUUCUUGGCUUAUGCAGUUUAUUGACUGGCUGUGAAAGUUUUGAAGAAGCUCUUGAAAUGGCAUCCAAAGGUGAUAGCACCCAAGCUGACAAGCUGGUCCGAGAUAUUUAUGGAGGAGACUAUGAAAGAUUUGGUCUGCCAGGUUGGGCUGUAGCAUCUAGUUUUGGGAAUAUGAUUUAUAAAGAGAAGAGAGAAUCUGUUAGUAAAGAAGAUCUGGCAAGAGCUACUUUAGUAACUAUCACCAAUAACAUUGGUUCUGUGGCACGAAUGUGUGCUGUAAAUGAGAAAAUAAACAGAGUUGUCUUUGUUGGAAACUUUUUACGUGUAAAUACUCUCUCAAUGAAACUUUUGGCAUAUGCACUGGAUUAUUGGUCAAAAGGUCAGCUGAAAGCGUUGUUUCUUGAACAUGAGGGGUACUUCGGAGCAGUUGGUGCUCUUCUUGGGCUGCCAAAUUUCAGCUAAAGCUUCAGAAGUUUCUCUGCUAAUAAAUGUCAUAAAAGGAGCUGAAACUGGAGACAUUUAUCACUGCAUUGUUUAUCACUGGGAACCAAAGGAUAAAAGAGUAGCAUUAUUGUUGUUUCAAAUGUCUGGAUGGUAAGCUUGUGAAUAUUGUCACUAAAAGUGAGAGCUCUAUAACGUGAAGUAUUUCUCCUUGAAAUGUUUUUCCUUUUGUAUAUAGCCAGUGUUCAGUCUUAAAUGUAGUUGAGCCUCUGAUUAUUAUUUUUGCUUUUGUUCCGGGGAUCAAACUCGGGUCAUUGUACUCGAGAGGAAGGCGGCAGAACCACUGAGCUACCAUAGCCUCUGAUUGUUGAGCUUCCUCUCAAAAAGAUUUUCUAUUCAUUUUAUGUAGCCAACAUUGCAGUACUAUACCAUACCCAGUCACAAAUCUUAAAAUCUGAGAAAUGUGUAACAUAUGAAAAAUAAUUGAAUCUGAAUAUUUGUUACAAGUCUGUAUUAUGUGUGUUUUGGGUUGUGAGCAGACAGUAACAUACUCUAUCAAAAUUUAUUGUAAUGGCAAUCAAAGAAUAAUCAUUUUGUGUGAUUUUAGAAAUGUUAAGGAGUUACUGUUUUUCUAAUAUACUCCCUCAGAAAGGCGUGUUUAUAUGAUCUUUCCCUAGAAUUACAGCGUUCCUCAAAUGCCAUAACUUAAUUGAGUAUAAUUUAACUAAAAUAUUGUUCAUAAAUGUUAGCCUGAAUUUUAAAAUCACUGGAAAAUGCACAUAUUUGUUAACACUACACUUUCUAUGUUUUAUGAGUUGAUCAAAACAUGUUAAAAGAAUAGUGUUUUUAAAUUGCAGGUUUAAUUAUUUUGCAGUUUGUGUAAUGAGGUCUUUGGGCCUCAAAAGGAAUAUGGUUUAUGUGAAUUGACAUUUAUCUCAGGUCUAAACUUACACAUUUCUCUUAGAUUUGAACUAUGAAGGCUAAAGAUUUUGUUCUAUUAUGAACAGCCACAGAAUCACAUUUGUUCUAAAUGGGUGUUUUGAAAUUUUGUGGGAGUCUGAGGCGGUAUUAUAGAAUUACAAAAGCAUCAGUGUUUCAGAUAUUCUGUUAAUAAAAGCAUUGUAGUUCCAAAAUUUGUAAAUGCUUUUGCCUUGAAAUUUAUUCUCUAUUUUGAAUUCAUCUUUUAUAAUGUUAUAAAAAUGUUCAGGCUUUUACAUUGACAGUAACAUUUUAGAGGUCCAGUAGUAGCUAGUGAACUUGUUCAAAUCUGUUGCUUAUGGUUUAGGAAGUAGAACAACUUGGGAAGAAAUUCACCUCUAUGAAUUACCAGUAAAUCUAGAUGUACUUUGAAGAGCUUAAAAAUUGUUUACAUUUCAAAGGAAGUAUUAAUCAUGUAUUUUUACAGGCCCCAGUGUUGCUCAGUAAAGAGCAGUUUUCAGUAGACUAAUAAGAGGUGAAGAAGACAUUUUUCUGUGUAAUUUUCCAGUUUUGUGGCCAAGUAUUUAAAAUUCAGUUUUUUAUAUCUAAAGGUAUCAACAUAUAAAUAAAAGGAUAGAAUAUUUAAGGGGAAAGCUUGUAAUGGUAAUGUUUUAUAAUUUAGACUCCUUGGAACUUUGAAUUGGUUGCCCAGUAGCUAUUUUAUAAGCCUACAGUGACUUCACAUAGCUUGCUUUAAGAUUUUUAUAGGAGUGACUGGUAGUUGCAUCAGCCAUACUUUUGGUUCAUUUUAUUUUAAAUGUUUCUGAUUAGGGUAGUUGUACAGGUAGGAAUUUAUUGAAUGAUGGCAACUACAAGUUAUAUCUGUGACAAACCACAUUACCAGUAGGUUAGGGCAGUCUUUAAAAGAAAUAGAACAAAGAAUAUAAGUUAAUUUGAUCACUAUACUUUGGUUAACAUGGAUCUGUGAUUCAUGUUUUAGUCUUUGAAACUGAAAUUAUCUGCUCAAAUGCACGGAAAAGUGAACAGCCAUCUCGCCACUAUUGCUCUUAGCCUUUUCUAUAUGUAAUAUAGAAUUAUUGGACUAAUUUGUAAGGAUGUAGGAUUGUGCAGAAGGCUGCCAAGAUUCCAAUUUUUUUUAACUUUUAACUCAUGAAAUUCCCUCAAAAAAUACUGUGAUAAAUAGGUUUGGUUCUGAAGUCAGCCUGUUCUAGAGGUCUGUUUCAGUGAUGGCAGACCUGUGGCAUGGGUGCCAAAGAGGACUGUUCGUAUCAUUGAAAGCUCUAAAAGGUACACACACCAUCAGUGGGCUAAUAAGUGUAUUUAAAAAAAUAACAAGCAGGUGAAGAUCAUUUUACUAUGUAUUUUUAACUCAGUAUCUCCAGGAUGUUAUUUAAACUUGUAAUCAGUGCAAAAAAUUAUUUGUUUUAAACCUGAGUCUUCAAAACUAGUUUGUAUUUCGCAUUUAUAACAUGUCUCAGUUUGGACCAGUCACUUUUUAAAUGCUCAGUAACCACAUACGAGUAAUGGCUGCUGAGUUGGACAGUGCAUUUCUAGAACUCUCUCUUAAAAGUGAAGGCUAUUCUGGGUUCAUAAAAACUUUCUGAAUGUGGACUUACUAAAAAGGAAACCUUAUUUUUUAAAAAAGGGAUUAAAAAUUGGGUUAGUUUAUUUUAUAUAAGGUAUUUCUGACAAUUCCAAAAAUGUCCUAUAUUAGCAUCCUAUCAUUUCAUGUAGAAUAUAUAUUAUUUUUCCAGUGACACUGAUAAAGUUGCCUGAGAAACAUCCUGACAGUUUGACAAUCUCUAAAAUACAUUUCCUUCAC